AGUAGUUUACAGGGGGACAUCAGAUUGAUAGUGGGUUUCUGGUAAGCACAUCGAGAUCUUCAUCUAGCGAAAUAGUUCGUUAUUUCUGCAGCAAGUACAUGCACAUGAGACAUGAAGGGGUUGAUAGGCGCUGCAGUGCUGUGCUGGAUAGCAGUUUCAGCCGUCGGUACGCGUGGACAAGCGCUUGGUGACUGCCCUGUCACAUCACCAAGCAAUGGAACAUUUGGAUUGUGUGUGGACCAGUGUCAGAGUGACGCCAACUGCACGGUGUCUGCACAAAGAUGCUGCUUCAAUGGGUGUGGUCAUGUCUGCAUUGAUGUUGCCACGGCAACUAAAGCUCCCUGCCCUGAGGUUCUUUGCUUGAUAGCCUGCCCCUACGGCUAUCAACAAGAUGAGGAUGGGUGCGGUAUCUGUACAUGCAACAACCAAACGGUGAUACACAGCGGUGAUUGCCCAUCUCCGGAACCGGACAGUGUGGGAAUAUGUGUGGCGAACUGCCAACAUGAUGGUGACUGUGCUCAGAUGCAGAAAUGUUGCUCCAACAGCUGCGGUCAUCAGUGCAUGGAGGCCACCCACCAUGGUCAAGGUAAUUCCAGUAAGCCUGGGCAGUGUCCUACAACCGAUGGGGGGCUUGGAUUGUGCUCCGAGGGUUGUACCGCUGAUGCAGACUGCAGUGGUAAUCACAAGUGCUGUUCGAAUGGCUGCGGGCACCAGUGCCGGGAACCAGUGGGAGAGAAACCAGGUACCUGCCCGGUUGGCAUGUUACUGGAAGGAUCAGUGGGAACAUGCCAGGAGUUGUGCAGCCAUGAUCAAGAAUGCCCAGCGUUCCACAAAUGCUGCUCCAAUGGCUGUGGCCAUGCUUGCAUUCUACCGCUGGAUCUACCUGUUAUUCAUGAGGGCGCCUGCCCAAUUCCUGACGAGAGUGGAUUUGGAACGUGCCAGGAGGCGUGCGAUAAUGACGGCAACUGCACGGCCAGUCAGAAGUGUUGCUCCAACGGCUGCGGCCAUACUUGUGUCGAUGCAGUCAAAGAGCCUGAGUGUCCGUCCGUGAUGUGUAUGAUGUGGUGUCCACACGGGUACCAGCAGGACUCGCAGGGAUGUGACAUAUGCCUAUGCAAUCAGCAAACUGUGAUCCAUGCAGGUGAGUGUCCCACCGUUACAGACAGUGCUGGGUUUGGGGUCUGUGUUGAGCUCUGCGAUCAUGACGGUAACUGCACCGAUACGCAGAAAUGCUGCUCCAACGGCUGCGGACAUGCCUGCGUCGACGCUGCUCAACCAGACCCUACAUAUGCCGGAUGUCCUGCCGUUACCCCCGACCAGCUGGGCGUGUGUAUCACCGACUGCAGCGCGCAUGCUGAUUGUAACGACUCGCGAUUGUGCUGCCCUAAUGGGUGUGGUCAUCAAUGCAUGGAAGCAGUUACGGUUCAUCCAGGGACGUGCCCAGUUGGUACCCUGUCAGCUGGUUUCAGUGGGAUUUGCUCUGAGCUGUGCAGCAACGACGGAGACUGUCCCUCUGCUGAUCUGAAGUGUUGCUCCAACGGAUGUGGUCAUGUGUGCGUUGCUGCGAACCCGACCCCAGACUCUUGCUCUAAUAUAACCUGUCGGAUGUUCUGCCUGUUUGGCUUCAAGAAAGACGCCAAUGGAUGUGAAAUAUGUGAAUGCUUUGAGCCCCCAGCUGUUCAUCCCGGUACCUGUCCCGUUGGUGUCCUGCCUCAAGACAUGAUUGGUACAUGCGUAGAGAGUUGCCAAGCUGACGGUGACUGCGCUAAUCAUGAGAAGUGCUGCUCCAAUGGCUGCGGUCACAGCUGUCUGAAUACAACGACCAUCUUGUGCCCUGACUUCAUGUGUGCCAUUUACUGCGAGUAUGGGCAUCAAAAAGACCAGAACGGAUGCGACACCUGUAACUGUCUAGAAGAGCCAGUAGAUUGUGGUGACGUGUUCUGCACCAUGCAUUGCCCUUAUGGAUUCAAGAAACAACCAAACGGAUGUGCUAUCUGUGAAUGCCAAAACAAUCCUGCAGGAUGUUCCGAGGUGAUGUGUAUGAUGUACUGUGAGACCGGAUAUCAGAGAGAUGCCAACGGUUGUGAGGUCUGCAUGUGCAAUCAGCAACCUCCAAUCAUCAGCCCCGGAUCGUGCCCUGUUGUUGUCCCUGAUGACGUUGGUUUUGGAACCUGUGCAGACAUGUGCGACAAUGAUGUGGAAUGCCCGACCAAUCAGAAGUGUUGUACCAACAGCUGCGGCGGCCACCAGUGUGUGGAGGCUGAGAAUAUCCCAAUUGAAUGUCCAUCCAUGCAUUGUAUGAUGUGGUGUCCUCACGGCUUUCAGAAGGAUCAGACUGGAUGCGACUUGUGUCUAUGCAAUCAACAAACGGAGAUUCACGUAGGUUCCUGCCCGCCUCCCCCUGCUGAUGGUUUCGGUAUUUGUUCGGAGUCUUGCGGACACGACGGAGCAUGUGCACAGACUGAGAAAUGCUGUCCCAAUAGCUGUGGUGCCCACCAGUGUACGCCGGCCAUUACUACAGAUGUGAAGCCUGGUACCUGCCCUGAGGUUACCGGUGAUGGUGCGGGUAUUUGCGUGGAAGCCUGCACAGCCGACUCAAACUGCACAGGAUCCGAGAAAUGCUGCCGUAACGGUUGUGGUCAUCAGUGCUUAGAACCGGUCAACAGACCUGUGGUACGAGCUGGUGAAUGCCCCAUUGGCACUCUGCCAGAAGGCGUCAACGGCAUCUGCUCUGACAUGUGCCAGGAAGACUCGGACUGUUUGGAUAACCAGAAGUGCUGCUCCAACGGUUGUGGCCGUGUUUGUAUGACCAGCGUGAAUGCACCAAGCAUCUGUGAUGAACUGAUGUGUACCAUGUUCUGUGACUAUGGGUUCAAGAGAGAUGACAACAACUGUGAAAUAUGUGCUUGCAAUGACCCCCCAGUGGUCCAUGUUGGUGAGUGUCCCGCAAUCAACAACGGAGGUAGUUUUGGCAUUUGCACAGAAUCCUGCAUGUCUGACGGCGAUUGUGAGCAACAUCAGAAGUGCUGUUCAAACGGUUGUGGCCACGUCUGUGUGGAUGCCAUCAAUAUCCCAGUUGUUCAUGCAGGCUCCUGUCCCGUCGGGGCCUUGCCUGGGGGGAUGUCUGUGGGGGUGUGUGUGGAUGUGUGUGACAGCGAUGAUGACUGCGACUCUGAUAUGAAGUGUUGCUCCAACGGCUGUGGACACCAGUGCCUCAAAGCGGUUGACAUCCCAGUCAUCUGCCCAGACGUCAUGUGCAUGAUUUUCUGCACCCAUGGAUUCCAGAAAGAUGAGAAUGGCUGUAACGUGUGUACUUGUAAAACGGAGCCUGUGACUUGUCCGCCGAUCUUGUGCCAACGGUUCUGUGAGGAAGGAGCUUUCAUUGAUGAGAAUGGUUGUGACACGUGUCAGUGCAAAGGAGACCCAGAUAUUUGCUCACCGAUUAUGUGUAACAUGUUCUGCAAUUACGGCUUUGAGAAGGAUCCAGUGACUGGAUGCGACAUCUGCUCCUGUAAUCAGCCAGUCUUCCACGCUGGCGAGUGCCCAUCUACAGUCGAUGUGAUUGGUCUGUGUGGUGAAUUCUGUGCGCAUGAUGGAGACUGCUUAACCAAUCAGAGGUGUUGUUCCAAUGGCUGCGGCCACACUUGCGUGGAGGCAAUUCAGCAAACAGUGCUUAAGCCAGGAGGCUGCCCGGUUAUCGAAGAUGACAGAGUAGGAAUUUGUGUGGAUAACUGCACCACAGACGCUGACUGUGUCAAAGAUCUCAAAUGCUGCUCCAAUGGGUGCGGCCACUCCUGCUUGGAACCUAAAAAAGAUACGAAACCAGGGAUGUGCCCAAUAGUGACUGGGGAUUCUCAUGAUGAUUCCAGCUGUCUUGAUGAAUGCAAAUAUGACACAGACUGUGAGAAUGUCUUGAAAUGCUGUCACAGGAGCUGUGGACACGUCUGCAUUGAACCACGACAAGUUGAGGACCUGUUUGGCGACCCUGGAGCGGGGCAGACAGCGUUGAUGUCAUCCGUGAUUGCAAUCUGCACUGCAGUCUUUGUAACCAUGACGCUGAUGUAAUUCAGUGAUCGCAACAGUGAUGUGCUCAGACUCGUUUUGCCGUCCAUCACUAUACGAUUUUGUAUUAUACUUGAGAGAAAUACACCAUUCGUAUUGUCAUCCAGCUAACAUUUUUCACAAAAGUCUUCAUAAAAUUUCAGUCUUUUCCCAUUCUCUAACAUUUCUUGUCCAAGGUGCAGUGCCAUACCUUUGUCACUUCCAACAUGUUAUAACCUCUGUCUUCACUUGCUUUCUGUCGGUCAUUUUACUUCAUUGACCUUUCAUUUUCUUGUUAGACAAAGUUGUUUUCAUCCUUGUCCACUUGUGUUUACGCUAUCUCCUCCUAUUUGGCUUCUUCAUGGUAACUCUUCUAUCAUUUACACAUCUCAUUCCCUUAUACCAAACAGGGUGUGUCAGACAGAGCCCACCUCAUGCAGCUCUUUAGCAGUAACCUUUCUCAUCAUCUUGUUUUGCUCAUGCUUCACUCCAAAACAUUCCCUGCCGCAUUUGUUUGUUUGUGGUCGUCUUCCAAGCAGUAAACCAGUGGUCAGGACUGCUUUUUCUUAUAGUUGACACAGUUCUGGUUAGACAAGCCCUGCAUACAUUUCCACUCUGUUCUAGUACUAUACUACGUGUUUCCCUUAGUCUGUGCUCAAAUUCUUUGUAAGGCUAAACAAACUAAAAUGGUGUGUUUACGGUAACCCGACCGACCUGGAAUUUUUGUCGGCCAAAUUGCCGACCUCAAACUUUUUAUUGCCAUUUUGAAGGUUGAUAUUGAUCAUUUUUAAAUGAACACAUUUCAAAAAUGUCAAGUACUUUUAAUAAUUUGCCACGAACAUAGACCAUUUUCCGCACUUGAAACUGACCAUGAUUUGACACAAACAUACCUGUGUUAAACGUGCGAAAAUCGCGACGAUCUCAAAACUUGAAUUCUCAAACUACAUGAAGUACGAUUAUUUUUGCACAAACGCACCGGGGUGAACUGGUGCGCCUGGCCGACGGACGGCAGGGUUCUCCCCACGUACAAAGUGCGUACUGCGAAUCGGCCCGACAAAAAUGCCGAUCACAUUUUUCAGCCCCCGAUACGCACAAUAUAAUUAUUAUUCACGCCAUUAAAAUGCACAAUAUAAUCGUUACAUACGCCAUUAUUUCAUCUUGACAUGCAAAAUCUUGACAAAGAUGAUGCAUGUGUGAUAAAAAUGCACACAAUGACGGGUUCUGUCGACCGCCAACUGACAGGCAUGCAGCAUGGUCACUGGUUCCCUUCGCGUGCUAACGGAAUCCAUACUUUAAUGAAGGACCGGAACCAGUGACUACUGCCUAUACAAACGCCGUACCACGAUGAUGUUGUGCCGUCGGCCGAAGUUGGAUCGUAAAAAUACCAAACAAACAUCGAUGGAGAAAGAGAAUUUCUGCGAAUUAAUUCACUGAA